GAUAGUAUGUCUGUGCAAAUUCAUCCUUGUUUGCAACUUCUACAACCCCCCAACGUCAGAAAUAAAUUAAUUAGUAGGAAACUUCCUUCUGAUUAUGAGAUCACAAAUAAUGGAAGCAAAACCCUGCAAUAAAAAAAAAAAACGAUGCAAACUGUGUAACCAGAUUAAUCCAUCAAAAAGUGUCACACACUCAAAAGGGAUCUUCAAUAUCUCCGAUCAUACAGCUGCACUUCUAGUAAUGUUGUGUACCUUAUCCAGUGCAGAAAAUGUGACAAAGGAUCUUAUGUUGCCGAAACAGGACAGA